AUGCAGUUCCCUAUCAACAAAGAGAAUAAUUCAAAGAUCAAGAUCGACCGUCUACGAUUAAGCCGAAUCAUGGAUUACCCGUUUAUUCCGGGAACUUCAAAGAUUCCGUCCAAGGUUCUUGAGCCUAUUUCAACAGAAGGGCCUCUACCCGAAGAGCUCUUGUCGCCGAAGCCACCUCUUGUUGACUCAAAGUCCAUAUUCGCCUUCUGGCAUUCUGGCAUCCGAACGAUCCCACCCGUCCUACUACGCAACGUCCUUGCUUGGUACCGCCGCUUCUCACCACUAGGAUGGACUAUCUAUGUCCUUGACAACGUGCCAAAUUCUGCACUAAAUGUGGGCAACUACAUCGACACCAAGUCCUCCUCGAUUGUACCGGCGGCAUUCACAAACGGCACCCUGGACGGACAGUAUGCUGCACAACACACCUCAGAUCUCAUCCGCUAUCCGCUCCUGUUGAAGUACGGUGGUGUGUAUCUUGAUGUUGGCAUCCUUCAAUUCGGCGACCUAGAUCGUCUCUGGACUGAACACAUCACCAACCCAGAUUCGCCUUACGACUUCGCCGGCUUCACACUGGGAGCAGAUGAGCCGCAGAUUGUAAAUUUCUCGCUCAUGUGUCGAGCGGGCAACCCGCUCGUGCAACGCGCACAUCACAUCUUGCUCCAGGUCUGGGAAGGCAAGACCAACACGAUCGGCACACAUGCGCAUCCAAUGGUGUCCCACGUCUCUCUCAUGCGUGUGCCACAAGAGGUUGUUGUAGAAGAAGAAGGACAGGAGAAGAUGGUGAUCAACGACGAAGCCAUGACCGACUACGCGAUUCAGAUCCAAUGCAUGGGAUCGGCGCAAGGCUGGGUGGAUGAAGAGGAUGGAUGGGACGGGCCGAAGUAUGUCAGAGAGAAGUGCUGGCUGCUCAGCAUGAUGGACGGGGCAUUCGCACAUGAGCAGAUGACUGGAUGGAGUGGCCAGAGGCAAUUUGAUCUUCUGAGCCUUCGAUUACCCAAGGAGAGCGAGAUUGAGACAGACGAUCAAGCACUUGCGAGGCGUAUCGUGGAGAAGGUAGUGGCGGAUAGCUGGUGUUUGAAGCUUGGGCACGGGUUCUCGGCGAAGCUGUUCGGAGGCGACACUCUCGGUAUGCUUUGGAGAAAACAUCAUGGCAGCAACUGCGCCAAUGGGACGUAUGCGGGCUGGCUGAGGUGGGCAGAAGUGGGCUAUUGUCGCGACAGCGAUGUGGUACCUAUGAAGGUUCCCGUGUAUGAGCCGACUAGGAAAGCGAAACUUUUGCCAUGA